AUGGAGCCCAAUGGCACGAUUCAUUCUUGUUGCUUAGACUCUACUGUACUGAAAGUCACCAUCAGUUUGAUCCUCACCACCCUCAUCCUCAUCACCGUCGCUGGCAACGUGGUCGUCUGCCUGGCUGUCAGCUUGAACCGUCGGCUCCGCAGUCUGACCAAUUGCUUCAUUGUGUCUUUGGCGGCGACCGACCUGCUUCUUGGCCUCCUGGUGCUGCCCUUCUCUGCCAUUUACCAGCUCUCUUUCAAGUGGAGCUUUGGCCAGGUUUUCUGCAACAUCUACACCAGCCUGGAUGUGAUGCUCUGCACAGCCUCCAUCCUUAACCUCUUCAUGAUCAGCUUGGACCGCUACUGCGCUGUCACGGACCCAUUGAGGUACCCUGUGCUGGUCACCCCAGUUCGCGUUGCCAUUUCUUUGGUCUUUAUUUGGGUCAUUUCCAUCACCCUAUCUUUCCUGUCUAUUCACCUGGGAUGGAACAGCAGAAAUGAGACCAGAAGAGACAAUGAUACCUUCAAGUGCAAAGUUCAGGUCAAUGAGGUCUACGGGCUGGUGGACGGGCUGGUCACCUUCUACCUGCCUCUUCUCAUCAUGUGUGUCACCUACUACAGAAUCUUUAAGAUCGCCAGGGAGCAGGCCAAAAGGAUCAACCACAUCAGCUCCUGGAAGGCAGCCACCAUUCGAGAGCACAAAGCCACCGUGACGCUGGCUGCAGUCAUGGGAGCUUUCGUCAUCUGCUGGUUUCCCUACUUCACCACAUUUGUCUAUCGUGGACUGAGAGGGGACGAUGCCAUCAACGAGGUGGUUGAAGGCAUUGUUCUAUGGCUAGGCUACGCCAAUUCAGCCCUGAACCCAAUCCUGUACGCUGCCCUCAACAGAGACUUCCGCAUGGCUUACCAACAGCUCUUCCACUGCAGGCUUGCCAGCCACAACUCCCAAAAACCAUCCCUGAGGCUGAACAAUUCUCUGCUGUCCAGGAACCAAAGCCAAGAAGGCAGAUGGCAGGAGGAGAAGCCCCUGAAGCUCCAAGUGAGGAGUGGGACAGAAAUCACACACCCCCAGGGAACCCCAGACAGGUAA